CACCGGUGGUGCUUUCUAAAUUGUUUGCGUUAGCGUCGUUUGCGAUUAGCAGACAACUUUACCUGAAAUUUGUUCCCAUAAGCUAAAGAAAAAAAAUAAGCCACUAAACGUCAGGCUGCGUGAUGAAAAAAACGAGAUACAAUGGAGGAGGAGAGUGCAAUCAAUUUCAAAGCUCUGAGAGCCAAGUUUCAGGAGGAGGCCCUCCUGGUUCAAUCCAAAAGCGCUCGACCAGCUGUAGCUGAGAAACCCAAACACCUUCCUCCUGCUGGAGGCCACUGCAGUUCAGUGGUUAACAAUAUCAAUAUUGCCACAGAAAACAAGACAACAGUGGUUCCCAGAGUUAUCUUUAGAGAUGGACUGCGGGCUUCUGGGGGAAAGCGGCCAAUUUCUUCUCCACCACAGCCUCAGCAGAUCUCCCCCUCUUCCCGAUCCGCUAAUGGAGAAAGCACGGCACGGCAGUCCUUCAAAGAACGCCACAUGCCACGGGUGCUUCCCGUCCUGCCCGGAAAAGAGCAAAAGUGUGAUGCGCAACCCAAAACGGAGACCCAGCCGGAACUAGAGACUGUGAAAGAAGUGCUUCCGCAAACCAAACUCAAGAAGAAGAACUUGCUGCUUCCUUUUAAAUCUAAAGUGUCAAAGUUGAGCACAGAAAGCGGAGGGGAGCACACAUACACUGAAUUGACCACCAGACCUUCCAGUGCUCCUGGCGAGCUGCCCUCUGUGGAAAAACAGACCUCAGAGGAUGGCGUUUCCCUCCAAGGUGACCAAUCAACCAGAGAGGGCCGCCUCUCCAGUCCAGAUGUCUCUGUGAGUCCUCCGUCAGCAGAGACAAGCAUUGACUCGGACAACCGCAUCAUUAGCACCUUGGAGAGAGCCAAGAAGAAGUUCUCCUACCGGCAGAUGUUGAUCUCCAGCAAACCAAAGAGUCUGCGUUCCCCUGACUUCAUAUCACACGAGAGGGCAUUCCCUCCGCCACCAAAGAACAUGGAAUACGUGAAGUCGGACCUACCUUCGCCUCCACCUGCAUGUCUUCCACCCCUGGCUUGCAUCUCUGCUCGACCUUUCUCCAGAGUCAACAGCUCCGCUCGAAAGCCUGCAGUAAUGAAGCAAUGUGGCCGGGAGAAAGCUGACCCUCCUCCUGCAACCGCCGCACUUCCUUCCCGCUCUGCUCCUCCAAAGAAGCCUCUGCCUGAUUUGAGAUCACUGGCGGUAAAGCCAUUAAAGCCCCCCAGACCUCCAUUAUUAGAUCUCAGCCGUUACCGACAACCUCUGGUUAAUGAUCCCACGCAAGGGCCAACUGAUGCGCUACAGUCGGAGCAUCUAUCCAUCUCCAAUACUGUCCUGGAUGCUCCUGAAUUUCCAGACUUUGAGAAUACAGAGAUGGAACCGAUACAGGCUGAGACUGUUGACAUUGCCGCUCUAGAUCUAGAGGUUCUAGAUUUCGGAGCUCUUAACUCUCCACCUCCUGCACCAACUGACUGCGGAGUCCCUGAUUGUGAGGCUUCUCAGUCGGACACAUGUAACUCCACAGGGGCCGCUGAGGGCCCCCUCAUUCAAGAGCUGAAGCUUGGCAGUCUGAACGGAACACCACAUGAGCCAAACAGCUUCCCCGAACCAUCAAAUCUGACAGAGUCCAUUGCACAGUAUCCUUGGAGUGACGGCGCGAUCGUGCCUCCUCAUCUUGAUGAGAUGGAACUGUCAGCUGCCAAGUGGCACCCCGGCCCUGAGGAAAACGCGCCGGGUUUCCAAGAAGCACCAGCCAAUGACGAGAUUCACACGCAUCAAUGUGUCAGUGAACUAGACUAUGAAUGUGAUAACGUGUAUGAAGAUGUGGAAAACCUCAACAAGCUCAUCCUCUGCCAAAACUCACGCAAGCAAAAAGUCAACCUGAAGAAUCCAUAUGCUGACAACCACCCAGUGAAGGAGGAGGCGUCCCUUAACAUUUGGCCACGGAACCCAUGGGGCGCCGUACCGGGAGAACAUUCAUCCCUUAAUCAUGUCCACAGCAAGGAACGCCAGAGCCCCAACACCGCUGACUAUAAGGAACAGAAGAAGAGAGAGAAGCAGCGACUGGAGAAGGAGAAAAAGGAGCAAAAAGAAAGAGAGAAGAAAGAGAAUGAAAUGAAAAAGAAGUUCAAAGUGACAGGCGACGAAGAGCCCAUGUACCAUGCUAAGGUGAUGGUGGCCAGCAAAGUUCGGAAGAAUGACCUGCCCGUGAAAAGCGGGGACACGGUCAGCAUCAUUCGCACCACCAACUGCCCCAAAGGGAAAUGGCUGGCACGGGAUGCAAGCAACAAAUAUGGCUACAUUUCUGUGAUGAAUGUGGAGCUUAAUAUCAAGGAAAUGCUCGAACUUGGCAAGAAGGCCCAAGCAGCUGGACGUGGUGGCAACCUGGAGGGAGACACCAUCAGCAUCGGGAGCAGGUCCUCAAGCCACCCUGUACUAACAAGCAGUUUCACGGACGACAGUGAGGAGUGGGCCUGUGAAGAUGAGACGCUCUCGCCCGACCACGACAGCCACUUUCUCCAACAAACCUCAAUGCCUGAAACAUCAUGUGACCCAGCCAGCACCCAGCACAUACUGAGCAAUGCCAACAUGGAGAGUCUGCACAUUCAGACCAGACAUGAGGCUCUGCAGAAGCUGGCCAUCUUCUUUCAACACAACCAAGAUGAAUUUGGUGAUGUGCCUGCUGAUAAUGGAGUGCCAACCCCUACCAAUGCUGACCCACCCAGCUUCUUGUGCGCCGUUGAAGAGCCUCCAUAUCCUGAGCAUGAAGUCGACUUCUCGGAGCUGGAACUCCUUCCCCCGCCACCUCUGUAUGCUGACACCUGCUGAGUAAAACAUCCAAUAGAAUUGUAAUCGACCGGUGUGUAUGCAAAACCGGAAAAACGAUGCACUUUUUGCAAAACUGUACUUUUGUUUUCACUUCACUCACUUGUUGUACUGUGCAUACUGUAUCUGAAUCACAUUUUUCUUUUUUGUGUGACUUAAUAAUUGCGUUGUUGCACAACACUAAGCACACAUGACUACUUACACGUUGAAGUUAAAGCAUGUUUUUCAUUUUUUGCUUUGAUUUGUUUUCUGAGUUACAUUUAAUAAAUGUUUGUCAUGGA